UGAAAUCUUCUUCGCUUUUCUCCGCUAUCGUCGCCUCUGGGAUAAGAGAGCUUUAGCCCUAGCAGAGUCGAGAAGUUGGAUCUCCCCUUGGCGUUUCCCCCCUUCCGAAACCUCGACGAGGAAGAAGAGCUAAACCCUCGAUUUCCCUUGAAUGCGAGAACUCCGCGGCUCGCUGCUCUCAGUUCGGAUUUCACUAUGGGCGCGAGCAGGAAGCUGCAGGGCGAGAUCGAUCGAGUCCUGAAGAAGGUGCAGGAAGGCGUCGACGUCUUCGAUAGCAUUUGGAACAAGGUUUACGACACGGAGAAUCUGAACCAGAAGGAGAAGUUCGAGGCGGACUUGAAGAAGGAAAUCAAGAAGCUGCAGCGGUAUCGUGAUCAAAUCAAGACAUGGAUUCAGUCGAGCGAGAUAAAAGAUAAAAAGGUUAGUGCCUCUUAUGAGCAGGCUCUCAUGGAUGCCCGCAAGCUCAUUGAACGAGAAAUGGAAAGAUUUAAGGUUUGUGAAAAAGAGACAAAGACAAAAGCAUUUUCCAAGGAAGGUUUGGGUCAGCAACCCAAGACAGAUCCAAAAGAGAAGGCGAAAUCAGAAACAAGGGACUGGCUAAACAAUGUGGUUGCAGAUUUGGAGAGUCAAAUUGACAAUUUCGAAGCUGAAGUUGAAGGGCUUUCUGUCAAGAAAGGGAAAACAAGGCCACCUCGCUUGACACAUCUGGAGGCAUCCAUCACCAGGCACAAAGCUCACAUAAUGAAGUUGGAGUUGAUUUUGAGAUUGUUGGAUAAUGAUGAGUUAAGUCCUGAUCAGGUUAAUGAUGUAAAAGACUUUCUUGAAGAUUAUGUUGAACGUAAUCAGGAGGAUUUUGAUGAAUUUAGUGACGUUGAUGAACUUUACAUCUCUCUACCACUUGAUAAGGUAGAAGCACUGGAAGAUCUUGUUUCACUUGGUCCUUCCAGUCUUACUAAGAUUUCUUUGUCAUCGAGUGAGUCACUACUCACAUCUCAAGACCAAGGUGAAGAUGCAGUUUUUCAGGAAAGUAAUUCUGAUGUUGUUGCACCGAAAACUCCACCUUCAAAAGGAGGAGCUACUGGGUCUUCGGCACCAACAGUUCAUCCAAUUAUUAGUUCUGGGGUAUCUGCUGUUCCUACUGCAGCUGUGAGUGCUAGUGUUCCUGUACGUCCAUUGAUUUCUGGACCAACAGCUACAGCUAUACUUUCUGGACCACUAAGUGCAAAAAGUGAGAACUCUGCUGUUGUAUCUUUACCUUUUCUCACAUCCAACACAGCGAAGGAGGAAGAUAUGACCUUCCCUGGGCGUAAACCUUCACCAGCCAUCCCAGAAAUUGUAGGGAAAGGUAUUAGUAGAGGGAUCUCAAAUCCUGCAUCAAUCGGUACUAAUAUGACUUUCAGUUCUGCCAGUGCAAUAUCUGGAAAUGUUACUCUGGGUUCUGUUCCGGCUUUGUCUGAUAUAUCGAAGCGCAACUCUUUAAAUGUCGACGAGAGAAUUGGAAGUAGUGGACUUGCACAGCCAUUGGUUUCUCCUAUAAAUAACAGAAUCCUAUUGCAAUCAUUGCCAAAAACAAAUGAUGGAGCUAGUUCAAAUGAUUCUAAUAAUGUUGGAGAGGCACCUAUUUCAGGAGGAAGAGUCUUUUCACCUUCCAUAGUCCCUGGGGUUCAGUGGAGACCUCAAGGUGCAGCUUUUCAGAAUGCAAAUGAAACUGGCCAAAUUAGAGGGCGACCUGAGAUUGCUCCUGACCAGCGGGAGAAAUUUUUACAAAGGCUCCAACAAGUGCAACAAGGCCACAGUAACCUUCUCAAUGUGACACAUAUCUCUGGUGCCAACCACAAACAGUUUACCACACAGCAGAAUUCUCUUUUGCAACAGUUUAGUCCUCAAAACACUUCUGUUUCACCUCAUGUUGGCCUUGUGCUUGGAGGUCAAGGAUCGGCUCUUGGUUCUGUUGGUUCAGUUUCAACACAACCACAACCAACUAUUCUUCAACAAUCCUCCCAACACCCUGCAGUAUCAAGUGGAACGAAAGAUGAAGAAGAUGCUGCACAUGCAAAUGUGGAAGACCAACAACAACUGCAGCAUAAUAUGGCAGAGGAUCUGAUCGCGGACCCUAUCUCAAGUCCCAGUCUCAACAAGAUCAUAGGUGAUGAUGAUCUGAAAACAUCAUUCACAGGCACAGGUUCUGCUUCGGCAGCAGAAGGAAGUCAGUUGUCUAGAGAUAAUGAAAUGUCACCAGGCCAGCCAUUACAACCCAGUCAAUCCGCAGCUGGCCUUGGUGUUAUUGGUAGAAGAAGUGCAUUAGAUCUUGGUGCAAUUGGUGACAACAUCAGUAGCUUAGCUGGGAAUUCUGGUGUAAUGCACGAUCAGAUGUAUAAUCUGCAGAUGCUUGAAGCUGCAUAUUAUAAACUUCCACAGCCUAGGGACUCAGAACGCCCAAAAACUUAUGUUCCGAGGCAUCCUGCAAUUACACCUGCAAGCUAUCCACAAACUCAAGCACCCAUAAUUGAUAAUCCUGCCUUUUGGGAACGAUUAGGUCUUGAUCCGAUGGGUACUGAUGCCUUGUUUUUUGCAUUUUACUAUCAACAGAACACUCCUCAGCAAUACUUAGCUGCUCGAGAAUUGAAGAGGCAGUCAUGGAGAUUUCAUAAGAAAUUUAAUACAUGGUUUCAACGUCACGAGGAGCCAAAAGUAACUAAUGAUAACUUUGAGCGAGGAAACUAUGUCUACUUUGAUUUUCAUAUCGCCAACGAUGGUUCUCAGCAUGGAUGGUGUCAGCGGAUUAAAACUGAUUUCACCUUCGAAUACGAUUUUCUUGAGGAUGAACUUGCAGUAUGAACAUUCUGAAUGAUAAAAGAAUCUGAAAGGAAAAUCAAGGCAUCAAAGGGCAAGGACUCUAGUUUGAUCAACUUAGAUUGAGUUCAAAUCUGAGCUUAAAUAAGGAUAUCCAGCUCUGGAACAAUCUCAGCCGUUCAUCCAAUAUCGGAGUAGAUCUAAGACAUCCGAGAAAAAUCUGGUCCAUCCAAGCCAAGGGGAAGUAGAUCACAACCAGUGAUCAAGAUCUGAAGAUUUGGAUCGGAUUUGGAGCAACUUCCACCGUUGGAUCAUUCCGAAGCAAUCUCAACCGUUGACUCAGAUUUCAGAUCAGAUUUAAGUGGGAAAUGAGAAGCUACAGGGGGUUCGUCAAAUUGCUAUAGUACGAUCUUCAAGAAAUAGAGGAGUGAUCGCGAGCUUGUGAUCUCCUCCAAUCCACUCCACCGCCGACGAGCAAGUGAGGUCAAGGGCACUUCCCUUCCUCCGGUGAUCUUUCACAAGCAACCGGCGAUGCCACUUCAAUCAUCUGAUCUCAAACCACUGCCGCAACUUCAUGCAAGAAAGAAGAAGCAGAGAAGGUGAAAAAUCUGGUGGUUUCAGCCGAUUCUUUUGUCUUCCGGCCGCGAUCUUUCUUCCUUGAAGCUCCGCACCCAUCUGAAUGAUCAGAAGUGUUUGCUUCUGCCUUUCUUCUGAUCCUGUUCCAUUCUAGCAGAGCCUGUCUUCUCUUUUACUUUCAUGACUGAGUUCUUUCUU